AUGGAGGUAUAUGUCGAUGACAUAUUAGUAAAAUCCCUUCGAGUUGUUGACCUUUAUGCAGACGUCGAGGAAACUUGUCAAACCUUGAGGGCCAAUGACAUAAAGUUGAAUCCAAAUAAGUGUCUGUUUGGUGCAAAGAGUGGCCGCUUCCUUGGAUACAUCGUCACCGAAUGGGGCAUCGAGGUGAAUCCGAGCAAGAUGACAACACCAAUAUCAAUUAAAGACGUUCGUAGAGAGGUCAAAAUCCUCAAAGCCUUGUCCAACCAUAAUAAUCUUGUUAAAUUUUAUGAUGCAUGUGAGGAUGCACUUAGCGUCUACGUAGUCAUGGAAUUAUGUGAAGGUGGAGAAUUAUUAGAAAGAAUUUUAUCUAGAGGUGGAAGGUACUCAGAGGAGGAUGCAAAAGCUAUAGUUAUUCAAAUACUGAGUGUAAUCGCCUUUUGCCAUCUUCAAGGUGUUGUGCAUCGUGAUUUAAAGCCAGAGAAUUUUCUUUUCACCACCAGAGAUGAAAAUGCUCAGAUGAAGUUGAUUGAUUUUGGCCUUUCAAAUUUUGUUAAACCAGGCAGUAGUACAACAAACAUACAAACAGCUGUUCCCGGGCAAACAAUUUUGCACCCAUCAUAUUCAAUUCAUCAAAACCUCGAAGCGCUAUCCAAAGCCCUAAUAGAGGAUCACCUGUUUUAUCUAAGAUCACAGUUUAAGCUGCUAGCACCAAACGGAGAAGGUCACAUAUCGUUCGACAACUUUCAAAUGACCCUAUUGCAAAAUGCAACCGAGGCAAUGAAGGAGAGUAAGUUGGAGCCACUCUCGUACAGAAAGAUGGACUUUGAAGAAUUCUGUGCUGCUGCAAUCAGUCCCCAUCACUUCGAGGCCUUGGAUGGGUGGGAACAAAUGACAAGUAUGGCUUUUGAGCACUUCGAGCGGGAGGGGAACCGAGCCAUCACCGUUAAGGAGCUAGCUCAGAACAUCUUGUGCCGGUUUGACAUCCCUCGUCGGCUCAUCUCGGACAACAGGAGGCAGUUUGCUGGACGGAGGCUCAGGGACUGGUGUGAAGGUUAUGACAUUUAG